AUGGCUUCGUCUGCCGCUGCCGGCUUCCUUGGCCGGUCGACGAGCGGUAACUCGAACAUGCGCGGUCUUGUUCAGUUCAUCGCCGACUUGAGAAAUGCGCGGGCUAGGGAUCUGGAGGAAAAGAGAAUCAACAAGGAGCUGGCAAACAUUCGGCAAAAGUUCAAAGAUGGUAAUCUGAAUGGCUACCACAAGAAGAAAUAUGUUUGCAAGCUACUGUAUAUCUACAUCCUCGGCUGGAACGUCGAUUUCGGACACCUCGAGGCCGUCAACCUGAUCUCUGCGAACAAGUACUCUGAGAAGCAGAUUGGAUACCUGGCUAUGACGCUUUUCCUACACGAGAAACACGAACUUCUGCAUCUGGUCGUCAACAGUAUCCGAAAAGAUCUUUUGGACCAUAAUGAGCUUUUCAACUGCUUGGCUUUACACGCCAUUGCAAAUGUGGGAGGUCGGGAGAUGGGGGAGUCUUUGAGUGGAGAGGUUCAUAGGCUCCUAAUCUCACCGACUUCGAAAGCAUUCGUGAAGAAGAAGGCCGCGCUCACCCUUCUCCGUCUCUACCGCAAACACCCCGACAUUAUUCAGCCGCAAUGGGCAGAGCGAAUAAUAUCUCUCAUGGACGAUGUUGACCUUGGAGUAUCCUUGUCGGUCACGUCUCUGGUCAUGACCGUUGCGCAAGACAACACCGACCAGUACAAGGGCGCCUAUGUCAAGGCCGCAUCACGGCUAAAGCGGCUACUGGUUGACGGCGACUAUUCAGCGGACUACUUGUACUACAAGGUGCCCUGCCCUUGGCUACAGGUCAAGUUGUUACGCAUGCUUCAAUAUUUCCCACCUGCCGAGGAUAGUCAUGUUCGUGACAUGAUCCGAGAGUCGUUGCAGAAGAUCCUGAAUCUGGCGAUGGAAACGAACAAGAACGUGCAACAAAAUAAUGCCCAGAACGCUGUGUUGUUCGAAGCUAUCAACCUGAUUAUCCAUCUCGACACGGAACAUGCACUGAUGAAGCAGAUCUCAACACGCCUGGGCCGAUUCAUAACAUCUAGGGAAACGAAUGUCCGGUACUUGGGCUUGGAGGCCAUGACGCAUCUCGCCGCUCGAGCCGAAAACUUGGAUCCUAUCAAGCAACACCAAGACGUUAUCCUUGGAUCUCUCAAAGACCGCGACAUCAGUGUGCGUAGGAAGGGUCUCGACUUGUUAUAUAGUAUGUGUGAUUCGACCAAUUCCGGACCGAUCGUGUCAGAACUACUGCAGUAUCUGCAAAACGCCGAUUUCGCUAUCCGAGAAGAGAUGGCCUUGAAGAUUGCAAUCUUGACGGAGAAAUACGCUACUGAUAUUCAGUGGUACAUCAACGUGUCACUGCGUCUAGUGGCUAUUGCUGGAGAUCAUCUCAGCGACGAGGUAUGGCAGCGGGUCAUCCAGAUCGUCACCAAUAAUGAGGAGUUGCAAGUCUAUGCCGCUCAGAACACCUUACAGCACAUCAAACAGGAUCACUGCCACGAGACAUUGGUCAAGAUCGGAGCCUACGUCCUCGGUGAAUUCGGCCAUCUGAUUGCCGAAGAGCCCGGUGGCAGUCCGAUCGAGCAGUUCAUGGCGUUGUCAGGAAAGCUAGCAGGCUGUUCCGCUAGCACACGGGCCAUGAUCCUGUCCUCGUUCGUCAAAUUUGUCAAUUUGUUUCCAGAGAUCAAACCUCAGCUUCUUCACGUCUUUGAGAUCUAUAGCCACACAUUAGACUCCGAGCUACAGCAACGCGCAUGUGAGUACCUGACACUUGCGAGUCUACCGACGGACGACCUACUUCGGACUGUUUGUGAUGAGAUGCCGCCCUUUCCAGAGCGGCAAUCAGCACUCUUGUCGCGUCUCCACUCCAGGCAUGCUGGUACGAGUGAUAAGAGAACGUGGGUUGUUGGUGGGAAGGAUGCCAACGUUGACGCUUCCGAGCUAAACAUGGCCAAGCAGCCAGGCCUCAGGAGGGGCUUUAGUUUCAACGGACCUAUGAACGGCAACGGCGCUGCUAACGGCAAUGCCAACGGUACCAAUGGCUCCUCGAACGACCUUGCUGGUCUCGACAUGAGCGCAGGACCGAUGCCAGAAAAGCUGCUGAAGGCACCAAAUUUGGCCAGUGCUGCCCACCUGUCCCCUGGAUGGGAGCCAGGAUAUAACAAACUGCUCCUCAAGGGGGAUGGUGUUCUAUUCGAAGACGGACAACUCCAAGUCGGCAUCCGUUCCGAGUACAGGGGGCAGAUGGCAUGUCUUAUCCUGUACUUCUCCAACAAAACGCCAGCCACGAUAAGCUCUUUCACGACGACACUAGACCUUGACGAGAGCGAGAAGGCGAAUCUCACCUGGGAUACCAAAGCUAUGCCAGACAGCAGUAUCACGCAGGGGGGACAAUCACGACAGAUCAUCAUGUUUGAGUCGAAGAAGGUCUUCAGAAAAAGCCCGACCAUCAGGAUAAGCUACCUCGCCGGAGCUCUGCAGGCGCUCACACUGAAACUACCUCUAACGGCACACAAGUUUAUGGACCCGGCAGACCUCACAUCGGAAGAUUUCUUCAAGAGGUGGAAGCAGAUUGGUGGUGCUCCACGCGAGGCGCAACAAAUCAUCAGACUGGCUAUUGGGAAGGAGGGUAAUCGGGAACUCAAUGGAAGCUUCGUUCGCAAGACGAUCCAGGGGUUUCGGUGGGGAGUGCUGGAUGGGGUCGAUCCCAACAGCAAAAACUUUGUCGGCGCCAGCGUCCUUCAUACUGCUGAGGGAGGCAAGUUUGGCUGCUUGAUGAGGUUGGAGCCGAACUAUCCUUCACAGAUGGUCCGGCUCACUAUUCGCGCUACCGAUGAGAGCGUGCCUCCAGUGCUUUUAAAGCUGAUGGAGGAGAGGCUUUCUGUAGGGGUCUCGACGGGACCAGAAGUCAACGAGGGACCAACACAGAGGGAGAUAUCAGACAGCUUUAGUAGCAUCAUGGUGACCUGA